AUCCGAUGGUUGCCAUUGGUAAUCGAAUCACGGAGGUACAUGAUAUGGUGACACCUAGAAACACAAAGGAGAUCACUAUGAACCGGUUGCAAACUCCACUUAAAAAUAAAGUCAGGGAAUUAUCUAUCAUGACACCGGGUACAUUUCGGCGGAACAGAAGACCAGCUGUAGAGAAAAAGUUUGACGCCGCUCACUGUUUCUUCAAUGCAAUUAAAUCAGUACUGAUUGUCGUAACCAUCUAUAGACGAAGAAGAAGGUACGUGCAGAGAGGUUCUAUCAGGGAUUCCUUCGACUCUGAGAUUCGCUGUGAAGAUUAUAACCAAGUCUGGUUCUCUACACAGGAUAAGGAGAGUGCAGAUACAACACCACAGAAGACAGUGAUCGGAAACGAUUACCAGUGCGAUUUAAGAAUGCAACCAAAACAUAGGACUCAGGAACAACUUGAAAGGAUCGCUUUGAAGAUCCGAACUAUCAAAAAAUUCCAAAUGUUUCCAACUAAAAUUGAAGAGGAGCUAUGUCGGACAAUAUCAUACGGAUGUUACGAUGAUGGUCGAGUUAUAGCUUAUCAGGGCAGUACGUCACGUCGCUUCUAUUACAUCAUCUCAGGACAAAUUGGGUUACUACAUACAUACAAGCUACAGAGUGGGGAGGUGACGAAACCCGUGGGAGUACACAAGAGCGGAUACAGCACACCGCGUGAAGAGCUAGAGAGACGCCUCCCACUCACCUCUAACAUGGUAUGCAAGGGAAACGUCGAAGUCUUGAUUCUUGAAAUUGAGGACUUUCUGUAUCUGAUUGAUCCCCCUGAUGACCCUCCAAUUGACUUUUUGAGAGAACAGUCGAUGUUCCGAGACUUUCCAGUUGAUGAGUUUCGCCAGUAUCCAGACUCCAUUCGAUCGAAGUACUACCCACCAAACAAAGUGAUUUGUGAGGAUGCUAAUCAUACCAAGUGGUUGUAUCUCGUCAUGUCGGGUGAAUGUUGCUAUCUACGCAAGCAGAACAUACCCAAGACCGCAAACCUCAGCAACCGACCUCUGGUAGGAGGUGGUCCUCUAGGGGAGGACAUACGCCAAAGGAGACCCUCUCAUGCGAACGAAAUGAUUGAGAUGAGCUUAGCAAGAUACGUUGCAAAGCAGCGAACAACUCUCCCUUAUUUGCCCGAGAUCCGAACUUCUAUUGCCGAGGACGCGGGGCCCACGACCAACAACCCACACGGUCAAUCCAUCGGACUUCCGCCCAUCUCAAGGGAAGAUACGAGAUCCAUAUCUCCGUCGUCACGUCGAGCCAGCACGGUGUCCUACAAUCAUGACCUUCCCGCCCUCGCCCGCCACAACGAUAUCGUAGAAGACCCGCUACUCUCUUCCGAGAACCGGUCGAGGUCCAGACAGCGCCGAAACAGCAUGUUCCUUACGGAACGUAGCCGUACGGAUGCCUCUAUUUCACGAGCGCAGACACGACAGCGUACUCAAACGUUCCCUUUAGGCGGGAGAGGAGCCCGGGGAAGGAGACAGAAACGGGUGUUCCUUCGGCUCGGGAAACUGCAACAGGGUGACAUAUUUGGGUUGAAUGAAGUUGCGGAAACUCUGCAAGUGGAAUCGUCUGGCGUGAGUGUGGUUAGUGGAGGGUCCGAGGUAAUUGCCAUUAGCAAACGCUUUUUCCGCCAGCAUGCCGGUGUCAUGACUCUCCUCAAACUUGAAAGCAUGCUGCAGGAAUUUGUUUCAGAGGAAGGUGCAAAAGAUAUUUUGCGUGAGGAGAAAACGUGGAAGCGAUACAAGGAGGCGCUCGUCAGCAAAGUUGCAACGAAGAAAGCCGAAAGAAGUUCCCGAGACAGGAGAGGGAUCCGAGUCAAACUCAACCCGCUGGCGCAGACGUUAUGACGAAUGGCUGACGAACAUUUCCGAGUGUAACCGGUUAUUUACGGAGCUACAGAUGAAAACAGAGGCACUGUACUCGUCAGCAAAGUAAAUGCGAAUAAAGCCGAAAGACCAGAGGAAAACAGCGCAAAAGUUAUGACGAAGGCUUAACGAAAAUUGCCGAAUGAUCGACGAUUACAGACGAAAUAUCAUUCCGAAUGAAAUGAAUAAUUGAUAUGGCGUAAAAGUAGGCCAAGCCUAUAAGUCAUACCAUAUAAAAUAUAAUGCAUGUCUUGUUGUAAAUCACAUGUGCUGGUGGCUGGAGCCGGUACUAUGAUGAUGUUUGUUUAACAAAAUAAUGAGCUAGGUGCUUUUAUUUUCUAACAAAAUAAUGAUAGAAAUAAACCCUUACCCAGUUUACUAUCAUAAUGCCAGAUGAUGAGCAAUGCAGACUAAUGUAUAAUUUAUUCCCAGAAUAAUAUUUUUGAACAUGUUAAACAAUUAUUCCUUGCAUUUUUAUUUUAAGCGAAUCCUCAGGCUCAUUAUACCUUUUUUAUGGAAAUAAUGAGAACACAAAUUCUCGUUGUCCUACGUUUUCUUGGUCUUUCAAUGCAUGAACAUGUAUGAUAUAUCAUUGGAAAGACAGGUGCCAAUUAUGAUUUAAACUGUGCAACUGAAUAUGAUUAAUUCUCAUUGUUCAUGGAUAAUGUUUCACUACAACAGCUUAAGUUGUUUACACUUUUCCUGUUGAGUAACGGCAAAUUUAUGUGGUGGUGCCCAGUUUCUACGCAAAUAUUUCAGAAAUUCAAUCAUUCAGACAAUUGUAUUAACAAAAUUAAAGAUCAUUCCCUUCAAAUGAGUGUAUUCAUUAUCAAGAGUAUAACUAGUAUCAGCAGGGAUGCUUCUGCAUAUCGCCAUCAGUAAACAUAAAAUAAGACCGGCAUUUCCUUGGUCAUGUUUAGUUCCAGUUCUUCAAAAUUAUUGUAAGAAUAUUUUUCAUUAUAAAGCGAUACUGAACUGAUUUUUCGCGGAAGUUAAUAUCCAGGUAUGAUAAAUAAGUAUAUUUUUGCAAUAUUCUGUUUGUAUAUUUAGA